AACAAUACGUCACACAGUUAGUUGAAACAUUUGUGAGACCUGGGAAGGUUUCACGUUUAUGGCUGUAAAGUAGGCGACUGACAGCACUUGAAGGACUCCGCACGUGUCCUCACUCUCACAGGCAGGUGGAGUCAUUAUGGAAUUCGCUUGUGGAUUUGUGUACGCGCCGCCAUCGGUGAGUCCGAAAGACGCCCCCGGAUCCAACGUCAUUAAACGCUCAGCUCUUCUCCCUCCUGUUAACCGGGUCCGUCCUAGCUGUCCUCCCCCUCUUCCUCCUUCGACAAACUUUGCAGAAGCCAAAUCACCGAAAUCCCUCCAAUUCCCCUCCAAGGUUAUUGAACAGUUGGAAAAGAGCAAGGAGGUGAAGAAGGCAGUGAAGCCCACUGUCUUCUAUGAAAAUGAAUUUUACAAUAAACCGGAGGCAGCUACUUCCAGCAGUAUAACUCCUCAGCAGACACCGCCUCGAAAAACAGCUCUUCUUCCACCACACAUGAGACCUGAAACACGCAGCCAGUCCCAUCCUUACAGCCAGCCACUCCAUUCCUCCAACACCAACAGUCAGACAUGUACCUAUGACCUCCCGAAAGAUGAGUGUGAUUUAAAUGCCCAUCCCUGGGACCCAAACUACUCGUACACCACACCAGAAGGCACGGGGUGCGAGGUGAAGCUGCCAGCUGACACUAGCAGUGUGUCGGCCCAGACAUCAGCGUCAGUCCCACCUCUUCCUCCGAGACCUCCAUUCCUGAAGUCAAUGCCAGAGUACCUGGUGCUGUUGCCCUCGCCCUUCUUAUCUAACUCAUCAUCCAACCAAUUACUGUCAAACACGUCACUUAACUUAUCUUCUAGUCAAGGAUCAACAGAUCAGGGGCCUCUGCCCGGGAAUCCUAAUGUGCUCCUUGUCAGUUUAGGAAAAUUACUCUCAGAGGAAAUGCAGACCAUACAAGGAGAGCCCACCCCCUGCUCACAGUGUGGCUCUGUGCUGGAGUCUUGCUAUGUCAAUGUGGUUGAGGACUGUUACUUCUGUCAGCCCUGGGGGCCGACCAGCACUCCCAGUAUACCACAGUGUCGUCACCAGGAUGACCUCUUUCUGCUCUUUCCUAAUGAAAAGCCUCAGUGUGCUGCUGACGCUCUGUUGCUCUUCUGCAUCGACAUCUCAGGCUCUAUGAGCACAACCUCUGAGAGGUCAGAGGGAGAGCAGGUUGUCCACAGAUCUCGUCUUGAAUUCGUCCAGGAAGCCGUGUUGCAGUGUGUUCAGAGACUAAGUGAACAACAACCUGACAAGCGAGUGGGACUCAUCACCUUCAACUAUCAGGUGACAAUGCAUGGAAAUGAGCAUUUCACGUCACAUACCCUAAGCGGUUCCGAGUUAACUGACAGGGACUUUCUGAAAGAGGCUGCAGCCAGUUUCCCCACUCCACCUCCACUCUCACAGACCAAGGACUACUUACAGAGACAAGUCAUGGGAUUAACUGUAGGUGGGACCACAGCUCUUGGCCCAGCUGCUCUCCUGACGAUUGCAAUAGCCUCCAGACAGCCGGGGUCCAAGGUGAUUAUCUGUACAGAUGGAAAGGCCAACACAGAUUUGGGGAAUCUAGAGGAAGAGGAUAUUGAUGCUCGCACCCUACUCUCAUCCACCAUCUACUACCAGGAGCUGGGGGAAUAUGCUGCCAAUCAGGGUGUUACAGUGUCUGUGCUGUCCAUAGAAGGAACAGACUGCAGGCUGGAUGAGCUGGGGAGACUCGCUGAUCGCACUGGAGGGACAGUGGUAAUAGCAAGCCCUAAUAGGUUGCACCAAGAGUUUGAACAGAUCAUUGAGAACAGGACCAUAGCCACCCAUUGUACUGUCACAUUACUGCUGCCCCGGUCACUACGUAUGAAAGGAGAGAGGGAAGCAGGACACAAAGGGACCAGAGAGGUGGGGAACGUGGACCUAGAUACAGAGAUCACCUUCCAGUUUGGAGUCAAUGAACAGGAGGCAGAAGUGUGUGGGCCGGCCUCUGGUAGCAGUGUGGCCAUCCAGCUGCAGAUCAGGUACAGGCACAGGAACAGACAGAGGAUGCUUAGAGUGAUCACCACUGAACGAGAAGUUACUGAUAACAGCUUGGCGGCCCUGUCCUCUCUCUCUCUGGCAAUCAUUCAGCUCAACUCGUCACAGGCCAGUGCCGCUCUGGCUGUCAGAGGCCGCUUCCUCGACGCCAGGAGGGAGGGAGAGCUGCAGAUGAAGCUGAUCGAGAGAGCAAUAAUGCAUAAUCGAAGUUCAGAGGACCGUCAAACAUACCAAGAAUGGGUUAAAACCAUGGAGCCUAUAUACGACAACAACAUACAAAUCUUCACAAGUAGAAAAUCUGUCUUUUCAGACUCACAGUCUCUAACAGACGCUGGUGCAGCGCUGCUCUACACCAUGAAGCACAGCAACAGGAAGUCCAUCUCACUGAAGAAUAAACAUAAACUCAAGCCAACUGUCAGCCUGCACCUUUUAUCUCGCUGGAAGCAAUUCUAGUCAUGAAUGACAAAGAUAAAUAAACACUGCUGUUUGACUUUGA